CUAGUACUAAAUUCGUCUGUCGUUUUCCAACCCUCGAACAUUUUCAGACAGUAAAUAAGUUUAAGAAAAUAAUUUUGUUACAAAAAAACAUGUCUUCGUCCGAGCUAGAAAUAAAAAAGGCUGCCGAGGGCCAGCAGGAGCAGCAGGGCACGGCCACUGCAGAGAUUACGGGGCCCAAGGAGCCGGAGGCGGAGACAAAUGCCAGUUCGAAAGCGGAAUUGGAUUUUGCCGCGGCCGAGCAGUUCAAGAAUCAGGGAAACGAUUUGCUCAAAACCAAGGAGUUCACAAAAGCCAUCGACAUGUACACCAAAGCCAUAGAACUGCAUCCGAACAGCGCGAUAUAUUACGCCAACCGAUCGCUGGCGCAUCUUCGCCAGGAGAGCUUCGGCUAUGCCCUGCAGGACGGCAUCUCGGCGGUGAAGGCGGAUCCUGCCUACCUCAAGGGAUACUAUCGCCGGGCAGCGGCACACAUGUCCCUUGGCAAGUUCAAGCAGGCCCUCUGCGACUUUGAAUUUGUGGCCAAGUGCCGACCCAACGACAAGGACGCCAAGCUGAAAUUCACCGAGUGCAACAAGAUCGUCAAAAUGCGCGCCUUCGAGCGGGCAAUCGCGGUCGAUAAGCCCGAGAUGACGCUCUCCGAGAUGUACAGAGACAUGGAGAAUAUAACUAUUGAGGAUGACUACAAGGGGCCACAGCUGGAGGACGGCAAGGUGACUCUGCAGUUUAUGAAGGACUUAAUGAGUCACUACAAGGAGCAGAAGCGAUUGCAUCGCAAAUUUGCUUACAAAAUACUCUGCGAGAUCGAUGCUUAUAUGCGCGCUCAGCCCCCGCUGGUGGACAUCACUGUGCCGGACGAGGAGAAGUUUACGAUUUGCGGCGAUAUUCACGGCCAGUUUUACGACCUGAUGAAUAUCUUCGAGAUAAACGGACUGCCGUCCGAGAAGAAUCCCUACCUGUUCAAUGGCGAUUUCGUAGACAGAGGCUCCUUUUCCGUGGAAUGCAUAUUCACGUUGUUUGGCUUCAAGCUGCUGUAUCCCAAUCACUUCUUCUUGUCACGUGGCAACCAUGAGAGCAUCAACAUGAACCAAAUGUACGGAUUCACCGGUGAAGUGACGGCCAAGUACACCAGCGCCAUGGCCGAUAUAUUCACUCAGGUCUUCAACUGGCUGCCGCUGUGUCACUGCAUCAAUGAGAAGAUUCUGGUCAUGCACGGCGGUCUCUUUUCCUCGGACAAUGUCACCCUGGACAAUAUCCGGCGAAUUGAGCGCAAUUGCCAGCCGCCCGAGGAGGGGCUCAUGUGCGAGCUUCUGUGGUCCGAUCCACAGCAGUGGAUGGGACGCGGGCCAUCCAAGCGGGGAGUUGGCAUCCAGUUCGGUCCGGACGUGACCGAGGCGUUCUGCAAGAACAACAACCUGGACUACAUUAUACGCAGUCACGAGGUCAAGGAUAUGGGCUACGAGGUGGCCCACAAUGGUCAAUGCAUAACAGUCUUCUCAGCUCCCAAUUAUUGUGAUACUAUGGGAAAUAUGGGCGCAUUUAUUACCAUAACGGGAAACAACUUGAAACCAAAUUACAAAUCCUUCGAGGCAGUGCCGCAUCCCGACGUGAAGCCCAUGGCCUAUGCCAACAGCCUGAUGAACUGGCUGGCGUAGUCAGUUUCCUAAAUAACUUCAAUAGCUAAACCACAACACAACACAUACACAUUUUCCAACAGCUUGAGAACCCACAACCGCAGAGCAGUGCAGCUUAAAACGAUCAAAGAGGCAACGGCAGAGGAUUCCGAGGAGAUGCUCAAUAGACUUUAUGCACACAGCGAGCUGCUAGCUUCACUACUUAAGUACAAGUAUUGCGAGAGAUCGAGGCGCGGAGAGCCCGAUGAGGAUGAUGAAAUGGAGGACAGCAAUCAUUUUAUAAAUUCAGCUAUAUUUGAUACAGAUCGGAGAUAUGUUAUAUUGUAUAGAGUGGCUUUAGAAGUCGGAUGCUAAGUUAUAUCGGUGCCAAGCAUCUGCGGUUCCACUUGUAAGUGAAAAAAUUGCAAAGAAAGAAGAGACAGUGUUUGUUUAUGCAUAGCAUUUAAUCAUUUUUGGCUACCAAACGGGAAAUUCUAUUUCAAUUUUGUUUGUUCGCGAACCACGCUUCAUUUGUGUAUAAAAAACGUUUUGUUCAAACAAA